AUGUUGGAGCAACCAAAGGACCCCUUCUGUGCCGUGACAAAUCCUGCGUCAGGAUCGUUCAUUGACCUUUCGCAGCUCUCGGCGAGUCCGAACAAGCAGAACACGAAGAAGAAAGGCGGUCAGAAGACAAAUUUCGACAAGUCCAAGACAAGGUGGCUCGUGAAGGGGUAUGGCCCGGACCUCGGUUUGAACUUUACGCUGAGUGUGUGUUCAUCGCCUGUGGUGGAUGAAAGCGACGAGUCCCACCAAUUGAAGAAUACUACUGGAGCGUACUACUUCGACAGCAAAAGGGGGAAAUACGUAUCCAUUGGCGACUUCAGCACAAAACCGAAACUGUUCGGAGUGACAAGUAAGAAACUGACUUUGGAGUACGGGAACGGUGAUUCGUGCCCGAACAGUGUUGACAGGAAAUCUACACUGCUAAAUUUUGUAUGUGACAGGGACAUACUCAACAGUAAGGCACAGAUAAGUUACAUCGGGGACCUGCAUAACUGUUCGUAUUUUUUCGAAGUACGCUCCGUGUAUGCGUGCCCCACAUCUACAAACAACAACGAGUUCAACGCCUGGGGGAUUUUCUUCGGAAUAUUCGCCGUGUUCUGCCUCGUGGAGUUCUGCCGUAGGUGGAUCGCCGCGAUGACGCAGAGGGGCAGAACCCUUGAUGCCUCGCUGGCACCACCAGCUGCUGCUGCAGCCCGCGGGGACUCUACUGCGUCCCCCUACGGCCUUCCAGACACAAGCACCAACUCUGCUGUCCCACGCUGGGAGUUCAUAGAAGACGAGUCCAUAUUCACAAGAUUCAUACGAAGCGUCACCGACUGGACGAGAUACUGGAGGCCGAGAGGGCACCCGUUCCGCAGGUCCUCCACGCCGAGCGCAAGAAAUACAAUCCGCCUGAAUAGCCCGUCGGAGUCAUCCUACUUCAGAGACAUGGAAACGCAAAACGAGAUACUGGACUCACUGGAUUCAACUACUACUAGAAGCAGCAAUUGA